AUGUCUACAAACCUCUCAGCCAACGAGCUCUUCAACGUCAACGGCAUGGUAGCCGUCGUCACAGGAGGCGGAACUGGCAUCGGGUUGAUGAUGGCCAAAGCCCUAGCAGCCAAUGGCGCCCACCGCAUCUACAUCGUAGGCCGCCGUCCAGACGUCCUCCACUCGGCCGCCAAAAGCAUCAACCCAGAAACCGUCAUCCCGCUACCCGGCGACGUCACCUCACGCAAAUCUCUUCUCUCAAUCGCAAAGCACGUCGAGACCGAAACAGGCUACAUCGACCUCCUAAUCUGCAACGCAGGCAUCAUGGGCCCUAAGCCGCUCAAAGCAGCACCAGGAUGCGCCGCGCCGUCAGUCGCAGAGUACGCAGCACACGCGCUCGAGACGCCCAUGGCCGACUUUACCAACACGUAUGCGGUGAACAACACGGCGGUAUAUUAUACGGCGCUGUCCUUCCUCACGCUCCUCGACGCGGGAAACAGCAGGAAAACCGCGCACGCUGAUGUCCGUUCUCAAAUUAUAACGACAUCGAGUAUCGGCGGUUUCUCGCGUUUACCCGGCGCGUCGUUCGCCUACAACAGCAGUAAAGCGGCUGUUACGCAUAUGACCAAGAUGAUGGCUACGGCGUUUGUGCCUUACGGUAUCCGUUGUAAUGUACUUGCACCGGGCAUUUUCCCGUCAGAGCUCGCGAUGGGCAUUAUUGGGUCGUUGGAGAAGGGACCCAAUGGGGAGGUGGAUAGGAGUGUUGUACCCGAGGGCAGGACGGGCAAGGAGGAGGAUAUUGCGGGCGCGGUGUUGCUCAAUUCCAAUGAGCUGUUGAAUUCGCCUGGUUUCCUAGGCGCGGCCGCGCGCUUCUGGCAGCGCUCGUAUGCUUCGGAUUAUGUUGGCAUUGCCAUCUUAGUAUGCGGGUACAUAGUGGCACAGAUACAAUUCCUCGCCGAACCCUUCCACCGCAUGUUCUUCCUCGACAACCUCGCCAUCAACUACCCCCACGCGGAACACGAACGCGUCCCCGUCUCCUGGCUCUUCAUAUACGCCGGCGCCGUGCCCCUCGGCGUCCUCAUCGCCUGGGCCCUUGUCCUGCGCCCUGGAACGCACAAAGCGCACGUUACAAUUCUCGGCUGGUUCAUCAGCAUGAUCCUCACCAUGUUCAUCACCGACGUGAUCAAGAACGCCGUCGGUCGUCCCCGCCCCGAUCUCAUCGCUCGAUGCAAACCCGCUCCUGGCACGCCCGCACACCAACUCGUGACCUUUGACGUCUGCACCGAGACGAAUCAUCACAUUUUACACGACGGGUGGCGCAGUUUCCCAAGCGGACAUAGUAGUUUCUCCUUCAGCGGCCUCGGCUACCUCGCCCUCUUCAUCGCAGGCCAAUGCCACGUCUACCGCCCGCGCGCCGACCUCGCCCGCGUCCUCCUCGCUCUCGCACCUCUGCUUGGCGCAGCGCUUAUUGCGAUUUCUCGUUGUGAAGACUAUAGACACGAUGUUUAUGAUGUUAGUGUGGGGUCCGUGUUGGGUAUGGCUGUGGCGCAUUAUACGUAUAGGAGGUAUUAUCCGGCACUGCGCAAUCGGGGGUGUGCGGAGCCGUUUCCUAAUCCUGCGGAUGAGAAGGGCUGGGGGAAGGUUAAGGGGGAUGAGGAGAGUUUGAGGAAUGCGGAGGAGUUUGAACUUAGUGAUCUGGAGGAGGGGGAUGAGGAGGGGAGGAUGUUGAAUGGGCGGCGGUAA